UGUGAUUUAGUUACUUCGACACCUUCAAGCGCUGCGGACGUACAAAACGGGCCAAAAAACUCUCAAAACCAAACAGAACCAAUUUCAAUAUAUUUAUUAAAACGGUAAAAAAACAAGCCACAUAAGAAUAGCAAAUAAACAAAAUAGGACAGACAAAACAAACAAAAGCAAAAACCGAAAAACAAAAAACCCAAAAAAAACAAAAAACCACAAAACCAAACAUAAGCGAAAAGUAGAGCAAAAGUGUAACGAGUUAUAAAGAAAGUAUUAUUUUCCACGUUACGAGUGUGAACAAGCAGUGAAGCAGUGAAGAUCAUUUGUUAUUGCUGAGGCUAUAAAUUGGGGCGCCAGCCGCAAGCAGAAAGGGUAAAAUAACGCAUAAAUUGAUAUUAACAUCAAGAGGCGUUUGUGCGUGUGUGUGUCAGUUUGCAAUGUCAAUUGAAAUAAAUAGUCAUAUUUAGUGGAAAAGUGUUGAAAAAAAAGCGGAUGAGCUAAAAACAAAAACAAAAAAUAGCUACAAGUACAUACAGAGCAAAGGCGCAACGGAAGUUUCAAAAGGCAAGUUUUAUGGGUUCUAUGGUAAAUAUGAAUAGAUAAAACUAAGUGUUUAAAUAGUAAAACAGGGGCGCUGCUGCAACUUCAAUUGAAAAUAGUUGAGAAGCGAGAAAUCAGAUUGGCUCUUAGCGCACAUGAAAAUUUCGGUAGUUGGAUGCAGUAGUUGGUCGCCGACACAAUUUGUAAUAUUUUCCAAAACAAAAACAAACACAAAAGUACCAGUAAACUGCAAGCAAAAUAAUUCCCCUCAAAAAAGAAACAACGAUAAAAUCCCAAAAUAUUUCAAUGAGUAACAACAACAGCAAGAAAAACAACAGCUGAAAUAAGAACAUCAUAACGUGACAAGGCAUUCUCACCCAAUAAGUAAAUGCGAAAUAAACCACUACAAUAAAAAUUACAACAACUGCAACCAAUAACAGCAACAACAACAAGAAUACGCUUAAAAUUAAAAAAACACAAACGAAUUGAAUUGAAGCCACAAUCGAAACACCACACACAAAAUCAUUUCGCAAUAAAACGUCAAAAUUUAAGGCAAAAUCCAAAAGAAACAAAUGCAUAGAGUUAAAAACGUGCAGCCACAAAAAGCGAGCGAAUAAUUAAAUUUGCAUUAACAACAAACCGAAAAACAACAACAGCGGUAAAGCAAAUAGAACCAACUUGCAGCGCAAAAGGGGCAAAGGAUCAGUAAGCAACCAGAUCAGCAACAGUGCUGUAGCAGCAAUAACAACAACAACAACAAGUAACACGAUCAUUAUAAUUAACUUAUCACGACGCGACAGUGUUUGACAGCAACAGCAACAGGAACAACAACAACAGCAAAUCAAAAUAUCAACGUCCUUAUAAUCACGGCAAUAACAGCAACAAUAACAAGCAGCGUAAAUUUAAAGCGGUGACAACGGCACAUAAAUAUACAUACAUACAUACAAACAUAGUACAUAAAAGCGUCUGCAGCAACAGUCAUUACAAAUAAAUUUACAAUACUUACCUGCAAAACAAACAAAAAACAAAAACAACUACAAACCAAAAAUCAGCAGCAACAAAACAAUAACAACAACAACAAACAGCAACAAAAUGCAUAUAGAAAUUCAGGUGGCAUUAAAUUUCGUGAUUUCGUAUCUGUACAAUAAACUGCCAAGGCGACGAGUAAAUAUUUUUGGAGAGGAGCUCGAAAAGGCAUUGAAGGAUAAGUUCCAAGGUCACUGGUAUCCGGAGAAGCCAUUCAAGGGUUCGGCAUUCCGUUGCUUGAAAACUGGUGACCCCAUUGACUCGGUAUUGGAACGUGCGGCACGCGAGAGUAGUGUACCUAUUGCUGAUAUUCUAGAAAAUUUACCUGCUGAGCUCUCCGUUUGGGUGGAUCCCGGCGAAGUGUCGUAUCGCAUAGGCGAGAAGGGUGCUGUGAAGAUUCUGUACUCGGAAAAUAGCGACAAUCAUGAAGACAACACAUCGGCCGACCGUGAGGUCAACAAGACCUUCAAUCCGGAAGCGCAAAGCUUCCGACCUAUCGAUGCGGUUAACACGAGCAUGAAUAGCUUAAAUCUAAGUCCGAAAACUUCACCGCAUGCAGGCUCCUCACCGCAUUCAGCUUCCUCCAAUUCGCCUACCUACAAGGGCAGUCCCAAUCCCGCUGCUUCGGCCAAUGGCUCAUUUAUGCAGCGCACACAGGCGCCUCUAACAUUCACAACAGCCACCUUUGCUCAGACGAAAUUCGGCAGCACCAAAUUGAAAACCAGUUCCAAACGUACCAACAGCAGUUCGUAUCGUAUGUCGCCCACAGAGUUCUCUAACUAUAUUAAACAACGUGCCAUGCAACAACAACAACAACUCCAUCACGGUGCUCAUGGUGCACCGAAUGUAGGACAGCCGCCAAAUCAUUUCGGUCCCAUAGGACCCGUCUCCCCAGCACGCUCACUCUCACCGAAUCCACUGUCACUCGGCCUUGGACAGAAUGGCGCCACAGCGGAUCCCUUUUACUUCCCCAACAUGGCCUCAAUGGGUAUGUAUCCUCAAUUCAAUGGACAUCGAAAUGUAUUCGACGCGCAAUUCUACGCUGCCGAAAAUAACGGAAUGUAUGGCGGUGGCGCACCAAACAAUCCGGCCAACGGCAGUCAUGGCAAAUUCAACAACUACUUAGAUCCACAUGGCUUCUAUGGACUGAGCGGCAAUCAACAUUUGCAACAAUCUGCGGCUGCCGCCGCCGCUGCUGCUGCUGCUGCAGCUGCCGCCCAUCAACAACAACAACAUCAGCAACAAUCGCAAAUGGCACCACCACCCCCACCAGGCGUCGUCGGCUCACCAAUGCCAACGCAGCAGCAACAGCAACAACAAGCAAAUGGUAAUGGCAAAAAUGCCAUUGAUAAGAGUGCAGUUGAUAACAAUACCACAGGCAACAACAACACGAAUAACGGUAUUACAUUAACUGUUUCGAAAGGCAGCAAUGUCACAGAAACAACAAACACAGCCAACAAUGCAGUCAACAGCACUGCCAAUGCAGCUGCAGCAACACCCACUGCAGUCAGUCCAUCGCCAUUGGCUGCAGCAGCUGCUGCCGCAGUAGCAGCAAGCGCUGCCGCCGCCGCUGCUGCUAACAGCACCAAUCAACAACAACAACAGCAAGACUCAAACAACUCGAAACUGAUCGAUGGUCUCAAUUCGUUCUAUUCCAAUGCAACUGGACCCUACCAGCAGUUGUUGGUGGCCAACUAAGGUGGUUUUUUGUUGGGGUGAGCGCGUGGGAGAGAGAGCGAAUGUAAGGGAGUAACGAAUGUAACGUACACAGCGCCGUAGAGAAUGGAGAAGAAAUUGAAUAUUGAAGCUGUAGAAAGGAAGAAUAGAAUAUUUUUUUAAAUGCUUAUUUUUUAGAAUUAUUGCAAAAGCAAAAAAAAAGAAAUAUUAAAAUAUAUGUAUGUAUAGAAAACAUUAGCAGAAUGAGGGAAGUUAGGCGAAGGAACAGGCAAUUGAGCAGUGCAAAGCGUAAUUUUUUAAAAGGAAAAUAUGAUAAGCAACUAAUACAUACAAAGCAAAUGUAUACAAAUGUAAAACCUGUAAUAAAUACAUGCAAACAAAUACGCAAAACAUUACAUAGCAAGUAAAUACAAAUACUAUUACAUAUAUUACUGCAAUGCUACAAUAGAAUAUAUGAAAACGGAAUUCAAGAGAAGGAACCAAUUGCAAAGAGACGUGGAAGCAGCAAUAAAGAUAAAUAAAUAACCUGCGCUUUGCUAACGAAGAACGCCAAUAUGUCCAGAGGCAGUGCCAGAGGAGGGGAGUUUUGUAAUAGAAAUACACGCAGAUGUAUGUGUGACAACAGGAUGGCAAUGGAAAUGCUAAAAUGCGCUGUUUUUAGAAAUAAAUUAGCAAAUUAAAUACAAAGAAAACCUAACCUAAAAACAAACAACAAAAAAAACAAAAACACUAUCAGAUUAGUAUAAAUUUCAAGUCGUUUUAUUAACUAGUUGUAAUCGAUUAAACAAGAAGAGAAGAAAGAAGAAAGAUAGCGAAAAAGCAGAAGAGCAUGAAAAAAUCGGAGAAACAACUAAGUAUAUAACAAAAGCAAAGAAGAUACGAUAUAAAUAAAGUCUUAUUAUAAUAAGUUUUAAAAUUAGUCAAAAGUGAAAAUCGUUUUGCUGUUUUUUAUACCCACACAUUUUUCUAAUAUUCAAAUGUUGUAUUAUAUAAGCAAAUGAGAAUGUUAAAUGUUUUAUAUAUAUUAUUGUAUAACUACUUAUUACUAUUAUAUUAUAUUAUUAUUGCUAUUACUAUUAUUGUAACUAAACAAAAGCAAAUCUAGUGAAAAAUGUUAAGAAAAUCAACCGCAGUACUUUAGUAAACACUUAAGUAACUACAUACAACAAACACACACACAUAUGUACACUCAAGCACUCACCAAAAGCCACACACGCCUAACACACGCUGGCCACAGACAGACAGGCAAGCGCCAAGCAUGGAAAGUGCGCAACAUGCGGGAGUAAAGACACCUGGAAGUAUAACAACUUGGAUUGACGCUGAUUUGUAACCAAGUAACCGAGUAAGAGCCUCCACGACAUCAACAACAACAACAGCAACAUUAAUAACAAAAUAUGCAAAUGUACGCCGUAUGUCUUCGGGCCGACAAGCGACCAGUGAGUACGAGUACGAGAAGAAAUUGUGAUGCAAAAGCGGACUAGUGUAACAGAGAGGGGUAAUAAACCCCUUAAAUGGCAGAACUCAACCGCUCGUGCUUUGUCGCCUAGCGCCGCAUGCUUACUUUCUGUGCGCCAGCAGUGUACAUUUGAAUUGUAUGUACCAAUAAGUACCUUUAACACUUUGACCUUGUGACCUUGCGCGGUGCAUGCGUGCAUGCGUGCGUGCGCGUGUGCGUGCGACGACAUCUCAGUCUUUAACAAUUAAGUGUGCAAUAAAUUACAUGAUGUAUCUCCUAAACUACCUUUAUUUGUCAACAAGUUUGUAGAAAAUAUAUAUAUUUUUUUUUUAGUUCAAUUUACAAUUAAAGCGUAAUUUUUUUAUUAAUUAUUCUAAUGUUAAAUACAUAUAUAUAUGCAUAUAUUUUGUAAUGCCUACCUACAUACAUAUAUACAUAUAUAUAAAUAUAAUUUUACAUAUUUUUCUAAUUCAAUCAAAUUUGUUACUGUGAAAAGUAGUGUUUUUUAUUAUUAUUACUAUUACAUGCAUAAAUGUUAUUUUAACACAUACGUACAUACAUACUUAUGAUGAGGAAAGAACUACUAUACCAAUAUAAAAUGUAUAAGAAAAAAACGCAAAGCAAAGCAAAAAAAAAAAAUCAAAAAACCAAAAAACAACAACUAAAAUUAUUACCUAAAUGAGCUGUUUAUUUUGUACAGAGUUUUUUGCUAGUACAUUGCAACAUACAUACAUACAAUAUUCGUUUUUAUUUUUAACAUUAAUGAUUUUUUUAUACUUUUUAUACAAAAAAAAAAUACAAUGUUUGUAGUGAUUAUAAAUUUUGAAACUUUUUUAUUGAGAAUAUAAUAAAAACUUUUCCACGUUACAUUAAUUAAACAAAAAAUAUACAAAUGGAGGACUUUUUCAUUUCUAUUAAUUUCCUGUUGUUGGAGUGUGAACGAAAAGUUUCCUGGAGUUCAGUGAACGAAAUGAGGUGAAUGAAAUGAGGAAAUGAGGUGCAGUGCGGAAGCAGUGACGUUUUGGGUAAAGAUUUUUGCAAUAACCAUUUAAAAGAGUCAGAGCGGCAAAUAAGCAAUUUUCCAUUUUUAAUUUGCAAUUAUUUAUGAAUUACAAAUAAAUAACAGCCACUUUCCUUUUGUGUGCGCUUUUAUUUGACGCUUGCUAACCUGCAUAUUCUGAAUAAAAUUAAAGCGAACCAAAGUGAAAUUAAUCAGAAUUAAAUUAACCUAACCUCAAAUAUGUUGACUUGAAAAAAGCACAAAAAAAUAUAAAUUGAAGCAAUUCAAAGCUGGAAAAAAAGUAUAUGGAAAAAAUAUAUGAAAAACUUCCCAGUUUCAGAAACCCUAUUUUAAAAUGAGAUUAGCACUGAACUUUUUUUUUAACCUAACCUAAAAAAUGUUCACUUGAAAAGAGCAAGAAAAAAAUAUAAAUUCGAGCAAUUCAAAUCUAGAUAAAAUAUAUGAAAAAACUUCCCAAUUUCAGAAACCUUAUAUUAAAAUGAGAUUAGUACUGAAUUUUUUUUUAACCUAACUUCAAAAAUUUUUACUUCAAAAAAAUAUAAUAUAUGAAAAAACUUCCCAGCUCCAGAAACGCUAUUUUAAAAUGAGUGCUAAAAAUUCAGUGCUAAUAUUUUUUUUUUAACCUAACCUAAAAAAUGUUGACUUGAAGAGAGCAAAAAAAAAAACAUAAAUUCAAGCAAUUCAAAUCUGGAAAAAAAGUAUAUGGUGAAAAGUAUAUAAAAAAACUUGCCAGCUUCAGAAACCCUAUAUUAAAAUGAGAUUAGCACUGAAUUUUUUUUUAACCUAACCUCAAAAAUUUUGACUUGAGAAAAGCAAGAAAAAAACAUAAAUUCAAGCAAUUCAAAUCUGGAAAAAAAGUAUAUGGUAAAAAGUAUAUAAAAAAACUUCCCAGUUUCAGAAAUCCUAUAUGAAAAUGAGAUUAGUACUGAAUUUUUUUUUUUUUUUGUUUACUUAAAACCCCAUAAGCGGCGCUUCACCGGCCCUGAAAGGUAAAAGAAGCACCAAAAAAUAUUUUUUUUUUUUAUAUAAACUGAAGAUCAAUCACGCAUUUGUUUGCUUACAACCAACCCAGCUAUUCAUUCGAACCAUGCACACUUUAAGCAAGCAAUAUUCCACCUACUCAAUUUCUUAAUAGUUGUAAAAACUUUACAAAACUUCGUCUAAAAGUGUCUACUGAGACCUUAGUUUGAGAUUCUAAACCUAACCUCAACCAAACCUAAACCAAACCUAAACCAAACCCAAACCAAACCAAAACCAAACCAAAACCAAACCUAAUCCAAUUGCAACAUAAAAACACCAAAGAAAUAUCAAAAGCGGACUACAAUAAAAUCUCUUAGAAUAUCCAAUUGAAAUGCCAAAAUCCUGUAGGCAAUUCUCAAACGUUUGUUCCACAACUUUUAAUGUAUAAAUAUUUAAAACUUAAUACUAAAAAAUCUGACAUAACCUUGAAAAUUUUCCGAAAUACUAAACAAAAUAACAAAACGUUUAAAUGGUUAUGGUAACUUUGGUUUUUAACAAAAUCUAAAAUAACAGCGUACCUCGGCGUUCUGACUUAACCUCAAUUUAUCUUAAAACUCAGAAGUUAACCUCACUUAACGAAAUUUCAAAAAACCCUUAAAUCAAAUCUAAUUGUGGUCAGUGUUGCUCGCAUUCUGCUCUUUUAAGCGUUACUCAAAGCAAACACAACCAAGCAAACUUAAAAUAGUUCUAUGUAAUGGAAAAUUAAGCCAAAUUUUUAUAUAAAUGUCUAACCAUAACCGUUGAAUCCGUAUGCGUUUUUUGCUAAAUCAAAAUCUAAAAAGUUACCUUAACAAAUUUCGUGUUGUAACUUAACCGCAAUUUAAUUUACUUAGAACUCCGCUAAGCCCCUAAAAACGAAUUCAGAAAAUUUAAAUAAUUAAAAAAUGUGUAACAGCAAUUAAAAACAAAAAAUUUUAUAUAAUUGUUGUGUUCUCAAAAAAUCUACGUUCGCCCAAUUUAAAGUCAAAUUAACCUAACCUCAAAAAUGAGUAUCUAACUUUUCUUGCCAGCAGAAGCAAGCACCUUUUGUCACCGUCAGUUACUAUUUGGAAUAUCCUAUUUGCUAUAAUCGAGAUUUUCAAAAUAUUACCUUAACAAGUUUACCACCUUGAAAAAGUGUCUUUCAAAAAAUGUCUACUCAGAAAAAGUGAAAAUAUGUAUCUACAUUUUUGAUCGAAAAUAUCUAUGUAAAUAAUAUAUUAGAAGACGAACUUUUACAAGCAAAAAAGUUCAUUAAAUGUGUACAACGUGGUUAGUACUAGAACUCAUCAAUAGUUACGUAUGUAUUUGGAGUAUUCACAACGAACUCCACAGUCAGCAAAUUUGCUUGAACGCUUUAAUUUUUUAAAAUUUUUUUUAUUAAUUUUUAAUAUUUUUUAUUGUUGUUUUUUUUAAUACAGUCACGCCUUAAUUGAGCUCAUAAUAGUUUUCGCGUUUUCACCGAAUCUUUGAAUUUUAUCGUACCUCUACUUUUUACUGGUCAAAGCACUUGCGCACUAAUUUUUCUUUUCAUUUACUAGUGAUUAAGGAAUAUUUCUAAUUGAGAUCUUUUUGCGCUUCACGAGACUAUGCGAAUUUUUGUGUGAAAGUUUUGACACUUUAUUUUCACAUUUCUUUUCUUAAGCUUUCACAUAAUAUAUUUGAGCAAUGAAAGUUGCUUAAAAGAUUUGGCAUCAAUUUCAAUGAGAAACUUUUUUAUAAGCUUUUAUUAGAUUUUCUUUCUGCUUACUUAGUCGUUGAAAUUGGGAACUUGUUGCGGUUCACUUCAUUUUCCUACUUCUUUUGUAAAGCUUUCACUUAAUAUAUUUCCGCAAUGAAAGUUUUCAAACUAAUUCAAAAGCUUUGGCAAACUUAUAUGAAAAUAAGCUUUUUAUGAGCUUUCUAUAGCUUUUCUUUAUUUUCACUUACUCAUGGUUAAAAUGUUUGUGAAAUAGAGAACCUAUCGAGCUUCACCACUUUACGCAAAUUUUUGUAUGAAAGUUUGUAUACUUUAUUUUUUUAUUCUAAGCUUUCACUUGGUGGAUCCGAAUAGUGAAAGCUUUUAAACUUAUGCACUGAUUUAAAUGCCUUGACAAUAUUUUUAACAAAAAGCUUUUUUUAUUAGCUCUUAAUAGCUUUUCUUUCUUCUAACCUUCUCGUGGUUAAAAGUGUGAAUUAAAGAACUUAUUGCGUUUCUCCAAUUUACGCAAAUUUUUCUGUGAAAGUUUUGGUACUUUAUUUUACUACUUCUUUUCUAGAGCUUUCACUUGGUGGACUUGUAUAAUGAAAGUUUUCAAAUUUAUGUAAUGAUUAAAAAGCUUUGGCAUUCAUUUCAAUGAGAAGUCAAAGCAAUUUUAAGAAGCUUUCGGUAGCUUCAAAUAAGCUUUCGAGCAUUUCCCUUUAAUCAAAUAUUUGCUUCUUUUCUAAAGUUAGCACUUGGCGGAUUUGGUUAAUGAAGCAAGCACUUUUUGUCACCGUCAGAAUGUCAAAACUAAAGCUUUCAAAUUUAUGCACUGAUUGAAAAACUUUGUCACUAUUUUCAAUGAGAAGCUUAUUUUAUAAGCUUUCGGGAGUUUCAAAUAAGCUUUCGAUGAUUUUCCAUGAAUCAAAUAUUUGCUUCUUUUCUUAAGCUUUCAUUGAAUUGAAAAACUUUGACAUUAAUUUCAAUGAGAAAGAUUUUUCAUAAGCUUCCGGGAGUUUCAAAUAAGCUUUCGAGCAUUUCCCUUAAAUCAAAUAUUUCUUCUUUUCUAAAGGUAGCACUUGCCGGAUUUGCAUAAUGAAAGUUUUCAAAUUUAUACACUGAUUGAAAAGCUUUAGCGUCAAUUUCAAUGCGGAGCUUUCUUUAUAAACUUUCGAGAGUUCCAAAUAAGCUUUCGAGCUUUUUCCUUGAAUCAAAUAUUUGCUUCUUUUCUUAAGCUUUCACUAAUUGAAAAACUUUGACAUUAAUUUCAAUGAUUUGCUUCUUUUCUUAAGCUUUCACUAAUUGAAAAACUUUGACAUUAAUUUCAAUGAUUUGCUUCUUUCCUUAAGCUUUCACUUGGCGGAUUUGCAUAACGAAAGCUUCCCAAUUUAUGCACUAACUCAAAAAAUUUUCCCUUAAUUUCAAUGAAAAGCUUUUAUCAUAAGCUUGCGAGAGUUUCCUCUGAAUAAUUAAGCUUCAACGCAACACCGCUCGGUGUUAAUUUUAGUUAUCAGAUUUUUCUACAUUUUUUUCGAGAUUUGUGAAUCAUUUUCAUUGAAUUUUUGGACGACUUUCCAGAUGUUCUCCUUUCUUUAUUAGUAAUUUUUUUUAUCCUACAUAUUUGUUUAGAACAACUUUUGUACUAAAAAAACGUUUAUAAAAAUAUGUAAAUUCAGAAAAGUAAAAAUUAUUGUACAUAAAUAUCGAUGUGAAUAGCAAACAAAAUGAAUGAAUCGAAUGUGCUAGCGUUGUUGUUGUACAAAUCGACAACGACACCAUUUUUUAUAGAAAAUUAAAAAAAAUAAAAAUUAUUAUAGAAAAUAUAUUGAAUUUCAAAAAUAAGUUGAAAACGAUUAUAUAGCAUUCCAAUUUAAAUAAAAAAUAAACUUAUUUAAAAAUUUGAAUACGCUUUGAAUUUCCAAAACAAAACAAAUUGUAAAUACAUAAAUAUAAAAACAAAAAAGAUUUACGUACACCCUACCAAUAUAUUUGUUGAGCCAAAGAGUAAAUAAAUAUUUCAAAGAAAAGUCUAAAUUAGUAGUGGAAGUAAGACUGGCGCUAAUGAAGUUAACUUUUUUUUCAAUUUCUAUAGAUAGAGCUUUCCUGCAAACGCCCCACGCAGGCGCAGCCAUUUUUUUGCGCCUAACAAUCCAAUUUACCUGCAGCGUGCAUUGCAAAUGAAAACUAACGGCUUUUGCUGAGAGUGAGAAAUGGAGUUAAAGAGAGCGGUACUCGCUAUGCGUAACUGUGUAAGUGGGUAAAAACAAACUUACAGCUUUGCCUAGAUUCAAUUUUGAACUGAUCAGCAGAGCGUUGAGAGCGAACAAAAUGCAGUUAAAGAGAGCGGUACUCGCUAUGCGUAACUGUGUAAGUGGGUAAAAGCAAACUUACAGCUGUGCGUAAGCUUGAAUUUGCGAGUAUUUGAAAUAACAUUUAGAAUAGAAAAUUAAAAAAACAAUUAGGAAUUUUAUUUUAAAAUUUAAAAUAAUUUUAAAUUCUAUUUAUUUCAAACAUUUUUUUAAAUUUUAAUUUUUUAAUACAAAAAUAAAUAAAAUUCAAAUGCAUUUUCCAACGCUCACGAGUACCUCGAGCACGCGCCCUUCCCUUGUACAUACAACGAGUAGUUUUACUCACCUACGCAUAAUUGAAAGCCUUUUUUCAUGUGCGUUCAAAUGUUAAUACACAUGGAAUUCUCCGAACAAAAACAAAAACAAAAACCUACUUGUAUAUUGGUGUCUUAGUUGUAUUUAACAAAAACAAAAUAUUUUUUAAACUUAACAAGCAAGUAAUAAAAACACUUUAUGUACCUUUAAACAAAUUUAAUAAACAUGCAUACAUACAUACAUAAAUACAUAAAAGCAAAAACAAAAAAGAAACUGAAAACUAAUUUAAGUGUAUAGAUUGUAAAAUAAAUAUAAAAACACGCAAAUAUCUUAGCAACAACAAAGUGUACACACAAACAUACCCUCAAAAAAAAUCUACAAUACAAGCAGACAAGCAAACAAAGCUAACUACCGUGAAAUGUUAAGAAGUGAAGAAAGAAAAAAAGUAAGAUAAAACAAUAGAAAAUUAUAAAUAUAUAGAGUGCAUACUAUAAACAUAUAUAUGUAUAUCGCAGUAGUGAAUUUUUUAUUCUUGUCAUAAUUUUUGUACUUUUAUAAAUAAUAAAACUAAAUUAGAAAAAAAUUUUAUUUCAACACAAAAGAAAUGACACAAAAAACUAAACGCAAAUGUGUAAACUUUCAAAUACAAAAGAGUUCACAAUCACUUUAAAACUCUGAAAUUAAUUAAGUUCUCAAGUACGUUGAAAAACGGGUAAUUAUUAUAUGUAUGUGUAAACUUGGCAUUAGGCAAAAUGCUAAAAAGCGUUAAAAAUAGAAAAUAAAAAAACAAAAACACACACAAAUGAAUUUAUUUGAGCAAUUUUCGUAUUUUUAUAAACAUAAAAACAUGAUUUGCCGCUUGUAGAGGGCCUAAAGAGAAAUUGCUUUUCCACACAAUUUGUUACAAAUUAUCUGCUGCCAAGUUUCGUUCGAUGAUUGACUACAAAAAAAGCAAAAAACUAGAAAACUAAAAAACAAAGAACUAAAAAACUAAAAAACAAAAAACCUAAAACAACAACCAAAAAACUAAAAAAGCUAAAACACAAAAACCAAAAAUGCAACCUAAAGCUAUCUACAAAGAAAAAGGCAAAUUAACAAACGAAAAAACUACUAAGAACCCCAAAUACACGCUUACACAUACAUACAUAGGUAUAUAAGUGUACACAAAAAUAUAAGGCAAGCGCCAAGAAUUGUUGCAUGAGUACGAGAAAAAAAGCGUAGCGAGCAAGCGAACGCUGAGAAGCGCUAAAAACUGUUGCAUGAAAAGAAGAAGAAGAAGGAAAAAAGAUUUCUAGAAGAAAAACCCAAACACCUAUAAACAUACAAAGCUUGUCUCCGCCAGACGCAGGAAGUCGAAAGCAAAAGUUAGCGCAAAGUAGGCAAAAGUAGGCAGAGCAAAAAGCUAAGCAGCUUAGCAUGUAAUGGACCUGUAAAGUGAAAAAUAUUUUUUUAAUUUUAUAAUCGAGUGAAUGUCAGUGUACUCAAAAACUCAAAAAUUAACAAACUAACUAAAAAGAAACCAAAACAAAAAGAAACCAAAACAAAAAAACAAAAACAAAACCAAUUAUCUACGCGUAAACUCACUAACUUAAACGGCAAAUUGUCUACCAGCAAGUAUUACAGAGAGAGAGAGAGAGAGAGAGAGAGGGAGAGCGAGAGCGAGCAACACACAUACACGCAUACUUGUGCAUUGCGCAGCCGAAAAAAUAUAAACUCCAAAAUAAUUUUUAAUACUAAAGAUUACAAACGAUUUGUAAAAAUUUAAUUUUUCUACAAGCAUAAGCGCGGAAAGUACGCGAAAAACAAAAAACAAAAAAAAACAAAAACCAAAAUGCAAAAUGCAAAUAAAACAGGAUAUUGAAAAUGUACGAGUUUGUCAAGCAAAUUUGCUAGCGCAUGUGAUGUGAAUAGACACACACCCACACACACACACAUUGCGUAGCAAAAAGCGGCAGAAAACUAUGUAACAAUAAGAAAUGAAAUUAAAUAUAAAACUUGCAUAUCAGUAAAAACAAUAAUAUUUCAUAAUAUUUGUACUAUUCUAAGGUAAGAAGAGAGUGCCGAGUAAUGAAAAUACAUAGACAAAAAACUAAACAGAAAACAAAGAGAUAAAACAAAAACAAAAAACCAGAAAACAAAAAAGACAAAACCCAAAGCAGCGGCAGCAGCAGCAGCAGCAAAUAUAAAAAGCUAAAUUACUCAAAAUCCAUAUAUUCAGUUAGGUGCAAGUGUACCUAAGCGAAUUUUUUGCAUAACUCUAUGUAUGUAGUUUAUAGCGUUAAGCCUAAUGUAAAUGUAUGAAAAUGAAGUUUACGAUCAAAUAUUAAAUAAACAAAAAGUGAAAAUGAAUUGGCAAACUUUUGAAAUUUUCGUAUUUGAAAAAUUUUUUCUAAACAAUACAAGCAUGAGUAUUUUUUUAAUAAUUAAGAAAAAUCUAAAAGUAAUGCUUUCUCACAUACAUACAUGCAUACAUACAUAAAUCUACUGGAUGUUCUCAAGCCGUUCGCUUUUUUUAUACCUUGGAUGUACAUAGUAAAUGAAAGUAAUACCUACGCUUAUAUGUGUGUGUGUAAAUACGUAUUAUAGUACAAUAUUGCAUGCCCUUCGCACAUACAUACACAUAUAUGUGUAUAUAUAUAUAUAUAUGUAUAUACAUAUGUACCCACAUACAUGCAUAGAAUUCAAAAUUUGUUUCCAGUUUUGGUUGUGAGAAUUUUGCGCGUUAAAUGAGGCAGCGUGUCCCCAUUUACUGUAGGGAAACAUUUGGAAGUGAAACAUUUUGUUCGUGGGAGCAGAACGGAUAGGGAAGAGAGAGGGGAGGUGAGAGGAGAUUUUGUCCACGUACUGGCAAACUUAAGGGGCGAAGGGUAGUCAGAGGGCCGAAAAAAUAAUGAUUUUCAAAAAUUUUUUUUUUUUUGCUAGAGAGGGAAGAGAUAGAGAGGAUUUGUUUUGCUGUUCACUAGACAGGGCUAGUUUACUGGGGCGGCAGCCCUUGGUCGGGAAAAAACCGAGUCAUUCCGGCAACGUAGAACCGACUGCCAUGGGAAUGAAGAGGAUUUGGUCCCCCGUACUGGCAACACGCUUUGUGCUUCUUAUUUGCAUUGUCAAACUUAAGAGGUUAGGGCUAGUCAGAGGCUUGAAAAAAUGAUGAUAUUCAAUAUUUUUUUUUUUUUGCUAGCCAAUUGCUUUAUUUUACAAAAAUAAAAUCAUACCAUUAAUAUUAUCAUAUUUCGACUUGACUUUAGCAAAAUUUCAAAAAAAAAAUUAAUAAUUGUAAAAGUUAUCGCUGUUUAUGUGGAGCUCGUAUCUCCAGAAGUCCCUUGCGGUGACCAUUUAAAAACAAUCGGACAAGAGAAAUUUGUUGUAUUAAUAGAUAAUCUUGUGCCUGAUAGAAGUUUUUUUUUCAAAAUUAACAAUAUGGCGGUCUCUUGAAAUAUUUUUUAGAUUUUCGAGAAAAAAACCGACAAUUAAUUGUUUAAAACGUUUUGUGGUUUACGUUUUCCAAAAGCAGAGAUCUACCCAACGGGUUUUAAGUUACAGUGAUCACCAGUUCAAAAAACAUAGUUUUGAGAAAAACGGAUAUAAAGUUUUUUUAUCGAUUGUUUGCAGCUGCUACUAGCCCUUUGCUCUCGAACGUUCCGGUGCGCCCGAGCGCCCUUUGUUAAUUGUUAAUAAUAACUCGAAAAGUAUUUGUCGGAUUCACUUCAAAUUUUCACACAACAUUUUUAAGAUAUUACUCUUACAGAAUUUUUAAAAUUCUGAAUACCCCUAACCCCUUAAAGAAGUCAACGUCAACGGCAACGAAUGUUGCCGAAAACAAUUUAGCCAGUGUGGGACCGUGAAUGAAACAUCAAAAGAGAAUUGCUACUUUCUCCCUUCCAGAUGUGUGUAAAUCGGGACUAACAUAGCACCAGCGAAUUAAGGGAGGAAACCGGUUUAGGAGGCCAAAAUUUUGGUGUUUUUCGAGAAUUUUUUGAACAAAGAAGCAAUUAUCAGAAAUUUUUUAAGUUUAGAGGAUAUUUUAUUUAUAUUUUUAGGUACACUUUUAAAUUUUUUUGAAGCUAUUUCCGCGGGAGAAUUUGGUGGACAUUCCUGAAGUUGCAAUUUUUCUCCGUAAUCAACAAUAAUUAUUUUUUCGUUAACAACUGUUUCCUAAGAAUAUGAACCUAAUUGUGGUAAAAAAAUAUUGAAAAUUGCGUGCUUUUGAGGCCCUUGAACACAAAGUAGUUUUUUUAUACCAUAUUUUUUCAUUUAUUUUGCUUAAAACCCAUAUUUUAAAUAAUAAUAUAAUCCCAGAAUUAGGUUCAUAUAGACUAGAAUUGAAUAAAGAAAAAAUCCCGAAAAAUUUUAGAACGAUUGGUCAAUAACUUUUUAAGCUAGAAUGCCCACCAAUGCAAAAACAGUUCGUUCUAACUACCGCGCGCUACGGUGCGGAACCGACGGGCAGUCACUUAAGUGCUCAUAGAUCCGGGAAUAAUGCGAAUUUCGCUUUAAAAUUUUUACCACAUAUUCUUGAAUAGUUAUACUAACGAUUUAUGCAAUAAAAAAAAAUCGAUUUUUUGAUCGAUCUAAACCGGUUUCCCCCCUUAAUUGGUUCAGGUGAAUUUUAAAAUUCCAUACUUUCCUGAUUACUCGUUGAUUCUUUUAGGAUCUUCAAUGUCUUUACAAUUUGAGUGCAUACUUUUUGCCGCCAAUACUAUCAGAUAUGACAAUUUUUUUUUUAAUUUCAUUACAGUUUUUUUUUUGCACAAUCACUACCUUGAAGCACCAGCAUAGCUUAUAAAUUGACUGCAUUCGACAACCCUUAAAUUUAUUAUGUGUAAUAUUUUUUUGUAUGAAACCAAAGAUUCCACUGAAGUUGGCAAGAUGCGAUGCACUAGACACGGUUAGUUUAUUGGGGCGGCAAUCCAGAGUCGGGAAAACCCCGCUUCAUUCCGGUAAUGUAGAACCGCCUACCAUGGAAAUGGCAAGAGCUUCAGCUACACCGCGAAACUUGCGAAACUCGCGUAACUUUGGCCCAAUUGCGUUUGGGAUACUGUGAAAUUCCUACCUUUUUUUAUUUUAUUUUAUUUUAUUUUAUUUAUUUAUUUUUUGAUAAGGAGGUUGCAACAUUUUUUCAAGAUGGAGUCGCAUUUAUGCCUAUAUGCCUACAUAACAGAUUCCGCUCCUGUAGGUGUAUGGAGACUUUACGCCAUCAAUACAAUCCACUUCUAUCACUGCCUUCGAAAGCGGUUGUGGGGGGAAUGAAACAUCGGAGAAUGUGCAAUAUUUCGAUACUCUCAAAUUAUUGUCUUGUCACCGGUUGGGCACUGUAGUAAGUGUUUGACUCAAGCAUCUGUAUCUGUCGUCGGUUUAUCUAAAAUAGUUCAACUCCACUGCCAAUGUGCUGGCAAAGGUCAAUCCCGACAUACCCAACAUAUGUCCAGCGUCCAGCAUGUGAAGACACACCGCACGACACUAACCACCUUUUCACAUGCCCCAUCAAACCCACUCACCCAACACUCCUCUCCCUCUGGACCCAAGUUGUCGAAACAGUACGUUUCCUAGGUAAGCUGCCACAACAGCGCAACAACAACUGAAGUUGGCAACUCAAUAUUAGCAAGUUGUGAGCGUAAAGGUGCUGGCCCAAUGCAGGCUACCUUUUUUUGACUUGAAAUAUAGCAAAGUCGAAGACGAAGAUAAGGCGUUUCGUUACUGCUAGUAGCUCAGACCAGUAGUCAAAAAAGUCUAAGUGCCCUCUGUAGUUGAGUAAAGUACUUGGAAUCGGCACCAGGUCGUCUUUCCAAAGUUUCUGCCACCACGAAACGUGCUGCGCUUAGAGAAACGUCUGUCCCUAGAGCUCCUUCAUCUAAACAAGUAAACAAACUGAGUCUAAAUUGUCAUCCUAGUUGUCUAAGAAAAUUGGCAGCGUCUUCUAGAAGCCUUAAAUAUGAAAAAUACACUAAGCCACCUUUAAAAGAAAAACACAUUGAGGCAGUACUGAAAUUUGCGAAAGAAUUCGUAAAAGAGGAGCUAUUUGCAAACACGCCCUCUUCAACAAUGAAACAAAUUCAAUAUGCACGGCUCAAACGGAUAUCGUUACUACUGACGCGAUGUACAGGAGACACAGCAUCUAAUGUCGAAGCGAGCCCCAAGAGGCGGAGCAAUGAUGGUCUGGGCAGCAGUAAAAAAUGAAUUCAGGUCGGGAAUUACAGUUGAUCUGACUUAGGAAGGGAACGGCCUAAGGUUUUCCUAUUUCAGCAGGAUAACGACAAACUCUACAAAAGAAAUUGUUCAAAAACAUUGGUAUGUCAGUUUUAUCCUGACCAGCAUUAAACCUAGAUUGAACCCCUGAAAAGAAAAGUUUUCGAUCCCAAUAAGCUGACAGUUGAAAAUUUCGAAAGCACAACGAAAGAAAUUACUGCUGACACUAUUAAGAACUUCAUUCCAAGUAUUCCUGGUCGAUUUCUGAAAUCUAUUAUUUUCUCGGAAUAUGGCUGUAGUGGUCGAUAUCUCGUAAAGUAUCAAUCAAACAAUUAAAGUUUAUGCUCGUUGUCAACUCCCAAUAGAGUCCAUUACUUAAAGUCGGCAUUCUAAAUCUUUGUAGCAGAUCAGUAGGCAUAAAAGUUUUAAGUCUGCGUGGGGCAUUGGUUUGGUGUGAAAAGUUUGGCGCCCGAGGAUAGAUGGUCAGUAAGCCUUUUAUUAUAUCUUUCGUUGAUGUUGCCAAUUUCUUCAUGUACCGAUAGCACUCGGAGAUUCCGAAGAAUUAUAUCUGUAAGGUGUCAAGAUUUAAUUUUGAAGCUUAGUCCCAGAUUUACACGUCCGUAUUGGUUUCAGUAUUGCUUAAUAUGAGUAUAUGAGCAGCUGUUGCCCAGCGAAAGCUCUAAUUUAUGGCCAAGUAGCCAAUAAAAGGAACGAAGUUUUAUGAAUGUCUAAGUAUUUAGCGUGGUCCGUUUGGGAUAUCUCGCAGCUGUUAAGAUGCACGGAGGACAAGUAUCCUUACGGAGCGUGAAAGUUAUUUAUUUCAUUUGCUUUUAUACGCCAUUUAUUAAGCCAUGUGCUAAGGCUGUCAAGGUUUUGCUAAAGUAAAUUAGAAGAAGCAGUAGAAUCGUGACUAUUUCUAGUCAUUACUACUGUGGCAUCUGCACAUGUAGCUGUACAAGUACGAGUAUGUGCACUUAGUGUCAAAGGUAGGUUGGCAGUGAAAACCGUGUAAAGUACUGGUUCCGAAACACUUCCCUGCGGCACACCUGCAUUGAUUUCAUAGAGAUUGGUAACAUCUUCAUUUAUUUUAACUGGAAAAUGUAUGCUUUGUAAGUAUGAUUUUAGCAGCAUAAAGAAAUUAUAAGGAAGAUUCAUUUUUAGUUUGUAUGUGCCAUACAUUUUCAAGUGCUUAUGCUAUGUCUAGGAAGAUGGCAACGCAGUAUUCUCUAUUUUCGAAUGCGAAAUUAUAUACAGAGUUGAACCCAAACUAAUGCGUAGGAAUAAGAUUUCUUUGUACAAUUAUAGGAUUGAGCCGAUUUAGUAAAAGUUUUUCGAAGGUAUUCGAUAAAAUAGGGAGCAGACUUAUUGGUUUAUAAGAGAACGACAUUCCUAAGGGUGUUCCUGGCUUAGGUAAUAGGAUACUUCCCAUUGCACUGGAAAUUACUCUAAGCGAACCAUUGACAUUUUGGUUUACUUAGAAACGCUAAUAAUUUUUGAGAAUAAUUUUAUGAUUUUUCUGAGAGCAGCUCAUCGGUUUUUGAGUUUUUGACACAUACGCAAAAUAUACUGAAUUCGUUGAACAGUUGUUUAAGCUUGUCUCAAAAUGAGGUAAAUGAGUUGUGCCACUUCAAUUUGUAUCUGAUCAAAGAUACUCACUCCAACAGUUUUGUACUAGUUUUUGGAAUAUUUCCGAGCAAUUUCAACAACCAUCAUUUAGUUGUUUGAAGAACUUUUAUGAUUCGCUGAGCGCUUUUCGAGUUGGACUAUGAAGGAAAAAAAAGACUACUGAAAAAAAAUCUCACAAUUGCGUGUGUCAAAUUUUUCGAGGCUGCAACUAACUUUUAACUAUUUUUUGCAUAUUUUGAGAGAAUAAUUGAUGGAAGCCUUUUAUCACUACCGGAUAAGACACACAGGCUAGUGCGAUUUGAAAGAACCAUAAUGAGAAAAAUCUACGGUCCUAUUCGGCUUGAAAACGGCACGUAUCGCAUUCGUUAAAACAACGAAAUUGAAAACCUUAUUGGUGGUGAAAAUGUAAUACGUUUUAUUAAAGCGCAGAGGAUAAGAUGGAUUGGCCACAUCAUAAUGGAAUGCCCAACGAAAGAAACCAAAAAGGGUGUUUACUUUGCGUCCAAUUGGAGGAAGAAAGAGAGGCCGACCAAGAAAGAGAUGGCUUGAUGGCAUAGAAGCAGACUUAAAAGCGAUGAACGUGCGUAAUUGGAGAAAUGAGGCAAGAGAGAAACUGAAUUGAAGGAGGAUUGUUGAUGAAGCGUGGACCAUAGCUUGGCAUAGCAUAGCACAGACUAUGAAGCUAAGAGAGAGAGAGAGAGAGAGGUUAAGGCAAAUACAUAGGUUAAUUUUUCAUUUUUGUUAAAGUUCUAAAUUGUUAUUUUUAUUUCUAAACAUUGAAACUUUUAUAUUUUUCUCAAAAAAAAAUUUUAAUUUAUUUUACGCAGAAAACUCACAAACUUUUAACGAAAAGUUGAUCGAAAAAAAUAUUGAAUCUUCCAGUAAAAUCAUGAUUUUAUAUUUAUAUAAUACAUAUGUAUAUAUAUAUAUAUGUAUGUAUGUCCACAUAUUCCACGCAGUGCUGGGGCUUUGAGAAUAGCAAUAUUGUAGUUAAGAAAUUGUACAGAAAAAAAUAGUAGUAAAUAAACAGCAAAAAGAAACGAUUUUUAAGGGAAUAUGUACAAAGAAAUAAAUGGAUUAGUUAGAAAGAAAGCCGCUUCUGUUCUGAGAAAUAAAAAACACAAUUGACGUCAAGUCAAAUAUGUAAGUGUAGUAGUGUAUAUGAAGACUUAAUUAAGUACAGUGGAGAAUUUCGCUACAUGAAACGUACGAAGUUUUUUAAUAACGGCACGUCGAAGCACGAACUGGAGAGCGCGGUCAAUGUUUGCUUUGAAGUUGAGAAAUAAUAAAAUAAAAUAAACGAAGAAAGGAAAUUUAAGUAUUUAAUAAAAUAAAAUACGCUCAAUAGAAAAAAUAGUUGAAUUGACAGGAUUAUUAGCAAAAACAAAAACAAAAAAAACCUAAAAAUUAUCGUACGACAUGCAUAGCAGCAUUAAAAAUAAUGGCAAGUACUACAUAAAUAACCAAAAACAUGCGAAAAUAUGUGCAUACCUACAUACAUACGGCAUGCAAGAAGAAGCAUUCUUAUUGUGAAAAGUUUUUAAUUACUUCAGGUACCUUUUUUGUAUGUGUAUGUUUGAAAAAUGCUCUCAAGUACCUGGUUCUCUUACAUAAAUGUCGCACAAUUCAUUAAAAUUAGAAAGAAAAAUAUUUAUAAUUAAAAGAUGCUUAAUGAAAAUACGCUUAUAUGCUGUAGUAAAAAUUUAAGUAACAACUUAAGAUGAAAAUUUAAUACAGAAAAACA